UGACGUCGUCAAUGUGCCAGCUGGACGCGCUCAAUCCAGGAAACGGCUGCAAACAAACCAGAGAGUUGGCGACCGCCAAGCAGGAACCUGCUAGACCCUCCACAACAACAAUGAGGAGAUAGAAGCUGAGGUGCCACAAGGCAGCCAUCCCCCCUCCAGGAGUCACCUUCACCCUGGAGUUCUGCAAGCACACUCUACGGGCAUACCCAGACUUGACAACAUGGAGAAGGCCCCAACAACUCGACAAAAGCCCUUGCCUCCCUCGCGCUCUAACAGCACUACCUCUGCAAAAUACCUCAGCUCACGACAGAGCUCUAGGAACUGGGAGGUGAUGGAUGAUCCUCGGAAUGAAAACAGUGUGGGGAGUGAGCAGGACUUGCCCCAACCUGAGAUGCAGCAAGGCUACAUUCUGAAAAAGCGGAAGUGGCCCCUAAAAGGGUGGCACAAGAGGUACUUCAUUUUGGACAAAGGGAUUCUUCGGUAUGCCAAGACACAACAGGAUAUCAACAAAGGCAAGCUGCAUGGUUCCAUUGAUGUCAGUCUGUCGGUAAUGUCCAUCAAUAAGAAGUCUAAGCGCAUUGAUCUGGAUGCUGAGGACAACUUGUAUCACCUAAAGGUGAAGUCUCAGGAGGCUUUCUCCCUGUGGGUGUCUUGCCUGCACUCACACCGUGUGUUCAGGAAGAAUGAUCCAGCUCGACUUCAUAAUGGGGUAUUUCAGGCUAUGCCUGAUGCAUUAAACUACAGCAAGCCCCACCGAGCAACGCUGCAACAAGGAAGUGCCCCAAACCAAAGCUCAUGUUCAGUUGACAUGCACAUUGUGGAUGGCAAAGUGUCAGCCUGGUUACAGCAGACAAGUGACAUGCAGACCUGUUCCAUUGAACUGUCUAAGUGUCAGGCAGACCUGAAUGAACUAUCCCGCUUACUGCAGGACUUGGAUAUGCUGCAUCGAGUGUCUUCAGCACCAGUCAUCUGCAAUAAUCAGAACUCUUCAAGUGACAGACCCAAAAAAGAAAAGCGUACGUCAAAGAUUUGGUGUGCCAAGAACUUGACAAAGGAAGGCACUGUGGCAGCCAUGGGAAAUGCGGGUAUCUCUUCUCGGUGGCAUGCCUCAGUACCUAGCUUGCCAGACUGCUUGGGUUCUGAGCAGCAUCCUAGUGCCUUCACCCUACCGGCAGACUUUUCACAGCUCCAAAGGGACUUUUGCUGCCUUGCACAGAAAGUUCACACUUCUUUGAAAAGUGCCUUUGACUCCUUAUCCUUGGAGAAAGAGAGACUGCAGAAGAUUUGGCAGGAUCCUCAUCUCCGCCCUUCUCCUAUUAUGCACACAGCAAACUUUCGUAAUACUCUUUCUGAGAUGUCAGCACAAAAUAUGGAUCUACAGGACCAACUGACCAGGAUUCACUCCCUUUCUGUGUCUUCAGACUCCACUGCUGAUUCUUUUGUGUCUCUGAACCAAGAGGAGCAGGCCUCCCCUUGUGGAAGUGGACAGGUUUUAAAGCAUCAAUUGUCCGUUGGCAGCUCUGUUUCACUUUCAGACUCACACGCUGAAUAUUUUGAUGCAUGUGAGGUUAUUCUCUGUGGUAGUUCCUCUGAAAAUGAGGGAUCAGAUGCAGAUUCCUGUGCCAGUGAUAUAACAAAUAGCAACUCGGAGGAGCACCUGGAGAACUUCAGCAAAGCACCUAUUACUUGUGUAACAUCUGCACUUAGCAGCAAUUCUGGGAAUAUGCCAAAAUCACAAGAAGGUCCUGGCCGUCGCACAUGUCUCCCUGCACCAGGCCCUAAUACAAGCAAUAUCAGCUUGUGGAAUAUCAUGCGCAACAACAUCGGGAAAGAUUUGUCUCGUGUCUCCAUGCCAGUUCAGCUGAAUGAGCCAAUGAACACUCUACAGAAGCUGUGUGAAGAGCUGGAAUACUCAGAGGUUCUAGAUAGAGCUAACCAGACUCAGGACCCCUUUGAGAGGAUGGUAUAUAUUGCUGCAUUUGCAAUCUCAGCAUAUGCUUCUGCAUUUCAUCGUUCAGGGAGUAAACCCUUCAACCCUGUCCUAGGUGAAACCUACGAGUGUGAACGGCUGGAUAAAGGUUUCAGGUUCAUCAGUGAACAGGUGAGCCAUCAUCCUCCCAUCUCAGUUUGUCAUGCAGAAUCUGAUAACUUUAUUUUCUGGCAAGAUGUAAGGUGGAAAAAUAAGUUUUGGGGAAAGUCAAUGGAGAUUGUGCCAAUCGGAAUGGUGAAUGUUACCCUCAAAAAGUUUGGGGACCAUUAUGAGUGGAACAAAGUAACAUCAUGCAUUCACAACAUCUUAAGCACACAGAGAUGGAUCGAGCACUAUGGAGAGGUGAUUAUUCGGAAUACCAAGAGCAGCAUUUGCCACUGCAAAAUCACCUUUUGCAAGUCAAAAUACUGGAGUUCCAACAUGAAUGAAGUUCAAGGUGCUGUUUUGGAUGAAUCUGGCAAUGUCAUACACCGACUCGGUGGACGCUGGCAUGAAGGUCUUUAUUGUGGCAGCCCACCCAAAACUCACUGCAUUUGGAAACCAAAUGCAAUGCCUGUGGACUUUGACCGUUACUAUGGCUUCACAAAGUUUGCCCUGGAGCUGAAUGAGAUAACCCCAGAGCUCAAGACACUGUUACCCCCUACAGACACAAGGCUACGGCCCGAUCAAAGGUACUUGGAAGAGGGCAACUUAGAGGCAGCAGAGACACAUAAACAUCGAGUAGAGCAGCUCCAAAGGGAGAGGCGCCAGGUUUUGGAAGAGAACGGUGUUCUUCACCAGCCACGUUUUUUCACGAGAACAGUUGACGCAAGUGGUAAAGAGAUCUGGUUCAGCAAUGGAACAUAUUGGAAGCAAAGAAAAGACCCAGGUUUCCACAAAAUGGACAAUGCUGUCUUAUGGUGAUGGAAAUGUAACCGAGAUAAAUGAACUCCUAGCAAUACACUCCAUGCCAACCAGUCUGGUACUGGUAAAGGAAUAUAUUAUUGGUGCAUAAUGAAAUGGAUUAUAUCUUGGUGUUCAAAAAUAAUUAUAAUAAUGAUGAAUUUAGCUUUUAUCAUGCAUUAUGUGAAUGAAAUUAUGGAGCCUCCGUAUUUCUGUCUGGCCUGUAGCAACGUAUCUCAUGUCUAAAGUUAAGGAAUUUUCAGUAAAAAGGCUGAAUGAAAUCCUUUAAAUAUCAACAGGCCCUGUCAAUACUAACUUGUCUUAAAUGCGUCAUUUGUUUCAUGGUUUUAAGUUAUUGUUACAGACAACAACUAGACAUAUAUUAAUAAUGUCAUUUGAAAACAUAUAUUUAAUUAAAAAACUUGAAAACCA